CCAUUUUUUUGUCGCCUUCUUCAGGUUUUUUUUUUUUUUUUUUUUUUGCUUUCUUUUCGGGCACUCUAUCCGUAUAGUAUUAUCCGCAACUCUAAGAAACUCACAUGUACUCCGUACCUUCCAGGUUUUCCACAGUAUACCCGCGCGGGUCAUAUCCGGCAAGACUUUCAUUGUCUGCUGAGCGCUGGAUGCCUUGCCCGUCUGUUUGCACAUCAGUCGAACCACCCGAGUUGACUCAUCCUCGUCAAGGUAGACUCGGUACGGAUACCAUACCUCAAGACAAAGGACGGGAAUAUCACCAUUGACUUAUUGAGUGAGUAGGUAAUACUGAGUACUCACGGGUACUUAGCAUUGAGAAUCCAACUGUGGUGGGCAUGUCAGGUGGUCUUGUUCUUCCAUCGUUCCUGCUUCGACCUUGGAGGCACCUCACCCCGAGUACAAGGUACUGAGUGCUUGACGGCCACCCCAAUUUGGCUAGUCGAUGUGAUAACUUGAAGCCUUGCCGGCCAAUCACCGCAUAGUCUUUCUUAGGCUAGAAGACGUGACUCGAGG